UUGCGUGCUAACUUGUCUUUUGGGCGUGAUGCAGUAAGAGCUUCAGAUUUUGUUUUGGAUAUUAUUGAGAACGGCUACAAGAUUCUUUUUCAGAAGUCGCCGUUACCGUAUUCGAUUGAGAACAGAUCGUCCGCCCUUCUUCAUAGAGGUUUUGUUCGAGAGGUUCUUCCAGAGUUGCUGACACGUGGCUGUAUUAAACAGCUUUCGGUUUACCCUCCUUUUUGCAGUCCUUUGGAUGUCGCUGUGGAGUUGUCAGGAAAACUUAGGCUGAUCUUAGAUUUGUUCUAUUUUAACACAUUUAUCAUUAAGACGUGAAAUACGAAGACCUAAAAACGUUUUUUAAAUGUUUGUUUUUUUAUUUGAUCUUUAGUCAGCCUAUCAUCACUUUGAUAUCUGCGAGAAACAGAGGAAUUCUUGUCCUUUUUAUAGCCUUCUUCUGAUGUAGUCACAAAAUUUUACGAAAUUUAGGUUUUACCUUUUUGGUUUGUGUUCUGCGCCAUAUGUGUCCAUCGAAGUUUUUAUGUUCGUUGGUUAGUUUAAUAUACCCCGAUGACGCCGCGGGUAUUCGGGGCGAUACGUCUUUAAAUUGCGCCGAAAGCCUUAAUAGUAUUUAGUUAGCCAAACAUUGCUUCGUCCGGUUUCACACUUAACGAUGAUAUAUCGGUCUAGGAGCCUACACAGAAGUUUGUUUUCUUAGAAACUGUUUUGGAUUUUGAGAAAGGUUUGAUCUUAAUUCGGGAUUGUCGUAUCCUUAAGCUUAAAUCAUCCCUCUUUUCCUGUCUUCAGAAGGUCCAGUGA